AAGAGGAAGAUGAAGAAAAUGAAAAUGUCCAAGGGAAAGAAAUAGAAGAGAUAGAAGUAGAUGAAGAGGAAGAAGAAAAAGAAGAGACUCUGAGGAAGAAUGAGGGCAGGAAGGGGAUGGGCAAGAAGCCUGAAGAUAGUAUAGUUGAACCUAAUGUAGAAGAAAGAUCAGAGGGAAAUGAUGACAAUAUUAAUAUUAAUAAUAUAUAUAGUGAUUGUGAAGGAGAACAAGCAGAGGAUAUAAUGAAGGAUGAGGAAUGAUGUUCUAGAAAUGACGGGAAUUUAUGGAGGUGUAGAUUACGCAGGGUUGAAGAUAACUCCAUGUGUAAGAAACUUAUUGCGAAGAAGAAUAACAAGCAGAGGUUUCCUCUAUAUAAUAAGAAGCCAUGGGUUAUGAAGCCUGCAGCUAUGAAAGGGCUAGAGAAUGGUACACUGGAUGUUUGUAAAAAUGGCACUGAGAACAAAGAGGUCGAGAAAGAUACACAUACUAUUUUGGGGGGAAGGCUAACAAAGGCUAGCAAGAAUGCCAAAGCUCCUAUUCCAAUCCAGGAGAAAAAACUAAAGCCACAGAAUGUGUAUGAUGAAAAUGGGAUCAAGAUUGAUUCGGAUAUGUGUCAUCAGUGCCAAAGGAAUGACAAGGGGAGAGUUGUGAGGUGCACUAAGUGCAAGACCAAACGGUUUUGCAUUCCAUGCAUAGGAAAUUGGUAUCCACAAAUGACAGAGGAGCAUAUUGUUCAGGCUUGCCCAGUCUGCCUACAAAACUGCAAUUGUACAUCAUGCUUGCGGAUGGAGGGACGUAUGAAGGCUCGGAUGCGAGAUUGUUUUGUAAUUAGCAGAGAAAAAUAUAUUAAGCAUUCCAAGUAUCUGUUGAUGACUAUACUGCCAUUUCUUAAGCAAUUGAAUCAGGAGCAGAUUAUAGAAAAAGAAGUAGAGGCCAAAUUACAGGGUGUAUCAGCAUCUGAAGUGGAAAUCCAAACGGCAUCUUACGAGAAAUAUGACUGUAUAUUCUGUGACUACUGCAAAGCUUCAAUUGUUGAUUUCCACAGAAGCUGUCCAGAGUGUGCAUAUGAUUUGUGUUUGACUUGCUGUCGGGAAGUUCGUGCUGGAAAUCUGAAGUGCUGUGAAGAUGUGGUAAUAGAAUAUGUUAAUAGGGGUUAUGAUUAUGUAUAUGGUGGAAAAUUUCUUGCUGAAUCAUGUAGUAAAAUUAGAAGAAAUAAAGUUAAUGAUCUAUCAGAGAAAACUAGGGGCACAGGUGUGCCUGCUUGUUUAGAGACUACUUCUGAAAGUGAGUCUCCUGAGCUUCAACCUGACAUAAAUAAGGCUGAAUGGAAAGGAAAUGAUAAUGGUAGUUUAAGUUGUCCACCAUCAAAAUAUAAGGGUUGUGGUGGUGCGCUUCUUGAAUUAAAAUCUAUCUUGUCAGAUGGUUGGGUUUCAAAAUUGCUGAAGGAAGCGGAGCUAGCAGUUACAAACCUGGAAAAUGACAAAUUACCCCAUACUUCAAAUGGUUGCUCGUGUUCUGGUUCUGUGCAUGGUGGUGAAUUUGGAAGUAAUUUGCGCAAAUGCGCUGCAAGAGAAAGUGGGAAUGACAAUAAUCUCUAUUGUCCAGAUGCCAGGGAUAUUCAACAUGGAGAUCUGGAACACUUUCAGUGGCAUUGGGCCCUAGGAGAACCAAUAAUUGUCCGGAGUUCACUUGAGACUACCCCUGGGUUAAGUUGGGAACCUAUGGGCAUCUGGCGUGCUGUGCGUCAAAUUCAUAACAAAAAAUACUCCAAGACAUCAACGUUGUCGGAUGUGAAAGCUAUUGAUUGCUUAAAUUGGCUUGAGGUUGAAGCCAAUCUUCACCAAUUCUUCAAAGGGUAUUCCAAGUGUCAAUUUGAUGAGCUCGAGUGGCCUGUGAUGCUGAAGUUAAAAGGUUCGCUACAUACUAGUAGAUUUGAGAAACAAUUGCCACGCCAUGGUGCUGAAUUUAUUCGUGCAUUACCAUUUAAAGAGUACACACAUCCACGGAAAGGAGUAUUGAAUCUAGCUAACAAAUUUCCCAAGAGAACUUUGAUGCCAAAUAUGGGGCCAAAGACCUACAUAGCUUAUGGAUAUGUUGAAGAAUUGGGUCGUGGAGACUCUGUUACAAAGCUUCAUUGUGAUAUGUCUGAUGUGGUAAAUAUUUUGGUACAUACUGCUGAAGUUGCCGUGCCUAUCCAAAAAUGUAAGGGUAUUUCUAAAUUAAAAGGGCAACAUUUUGCUCAGGACCAAGAAGAAAUCUUUGGUGUUGAAGCCAAAGACAUUGAGAGGGUUGAUGGGUCUGAGAUAAAGAAACUUCAUGAUGAUAGCAGGGUGGUAGAAGGUUCAGAACUUCCUAUUAGAGGUGCUCUUUGGGACAUUUUUCGGAGAGAAGAUGUUCCUAAGCUACAAGAAUAUUUGAGGAGACAUUAUCAGGAAUUCAGACAUAUUCAUUGUAAUCCAUUGAAGCAGGUUAUUCAUCCUAUACAUGAUCAGACAUUUUACCUUACUGAGGAGCAUAAAAGGAAGCUGAAGGAAGAAUAUGGAAUUGAGGCAUGGACAUUUGUUCAAAAUCUUGGAGAAGCAGUCUUUAUUCCAGCUGGCUGUCCUCAUCAAGUUAGAAAUCUGAAGUCAUGUAUAAAAGUCGCACUUGAUUUUGUGUCCCCCGAAAAUGUUGGUGAGUGCAUCCGCCUGGCUGGAGAGCUCCGAAUUCUGCCUCAAAAUCACAUGGCUAAGGUGGAUAAGUUGGAGGUGAAGAAAAUGAUUCUUUAUGCUGUAAAGAAGGCUAUUAGUAGCUUGAAGCCUGAAGAACAAAACGAUUGGUCAGACACUUCUUCAGAUACUGAACCUGAGCCCGCCUGAGUCAGAUUCAGAUGACUAGUAACUUUAUAAACAGAUCUGCAUUUAAAGGGUAUUUUCUGGUUAGUCACCUAAAAAGGCUUCUGUUCUGUAGUAUAAAUAUCAUAUGCUGAUGAAAUAUUUGAGCACAGUCUAACUGUGUAAGUUAACCCUGCCCAAGAUUGGGGCAUUAUGUGAAACUGAUAGUACAUAUCUAACCUCAUAAAGGUGGGGAAAUUAUCACUUUGUUCUUUUAUGUCAUUACUAAUAUUGGGAGCAGAAGCUUAAUCUAAUGUUAUUCUUUUCA